CUCCGGCAAAUCUCCUGUUUGUGUCAGUGGAGCCGCCGGGACGUGCCAUUGUGCACAUACACUGUGCAUUUCGAUGGCCUGGUAGGCCUCGUUUGGGUGUUUCCGAGGAGACUAGGGAGCGGGGAAACGACUUGAGCUUGGCUGGGUGAGAAGCGGAGACCAUGCGGCGGAGAGUGGCGUGCAGAGCGGCGGAGCUGCUGUUGGGCCGCGGCGGCAGUGGUGGUGGCGGCGGCGGCGGCGGCGGCGCUGCGAGGAUGACCGGCCUUCUGCUACUCCCAUCGGCCACAAAAACCCCCGUUGUGGAAAACAGCUGCCACCAAAGAUUCCGCUCUACAUCUUCGAUGUCGACUUACUCCGAGCUGGCUAGAGAGAGAUCCAAAACAGUUACCUCUUUCUACAACCAGUCUGCGAUUGAUGCGUCUGCAGAAAAGCCUUCUGUCAGACUCACACCCGGCACCUUACUCUACGCAGGCAAGUCUCAGGAUGGAAACCAUAUCUUGAGCAGCGCAAGAUACCUACAUAAAGAGCUGCCCGUUCGCAUCGCUCAUCGUAUUAAAGGUUUCCGCAGCCUGCCCUUUAUUAUCGGUUGUAACCCCACCAUCCUGCAAGUGCACGAGCUUUAUAUUCGGGCCUAUCAUAUGCUGAGCGAUUUUCCAGCAAUCAAAGACCAAGACACAGAAGCUCGCUACAGCAAGCUUGUUCAACAGCUCCUCGACGAUCAUAAAGACGUGGUCACCCUGCUCGCGGAAGGAUUUAGGGAGUGUCGCAAACACAUUCAAGAUGAGACGCUGGUUCGGAAUUUCCUGGACACGACGCUGACGUCUCGUCUGGGCAUUCGCAUGCUGGCCACACACCAUCUCGCCCUGCAUGAAGAAAAUCCUGACUACGUGGGCAUUGUCUGCAGACGUCUGUCUCCUAAAAAGAUCAUUGAGAAGUGGGUGGACUUUGCAAGGCGACUGUGUGAGCACCAGUACGGGAAUUCUCCACGUGUUCGCAUCAAUGGUCACGUGGCUGCCCGCUUUCCGUUCAUCCCUCUUCCCCUGGACUACAUCUUGCCCGAGCUACUGAAGAAUGCCAUGAGGGCCACAAUGGAGAGCCACUUGGACACUCCUUACAACGUGCCAGAUGUGGUGGUUACCAUCGCCAACAAUGAUACUGACUUUGUCAUCAGGAUCUCGGAUCGGGGCGGAGGCAUUCCCCACAGCAUCAUGGAUAAAGUGAUGGACUACCACUUCAGCACGGCCGAGCAGAGCACGCAGGACCCGCGCAUGAGCAACCUCUUCGACACCAUAACCAACAGCGGCCCUCAGUCAGGCCCCAUGCACGGGUUUGGUUUUGGUCUGCCCACCUCGAGGGCGUACGCCGAAUAUCUGGGCGGCUCGCUGUCCGUCCAGUCGAUGCAGGGAAUCGGCACCGACGUCUACCUGCGUCUGCGCCACAUCGACGGGAAAGGAGAGAGCUUCAGAGUGUGACGCAGUGGCCAGUUCUGCCAAUCACGAUGAACAUUCGUAACUUCACCAAGGCCUGGAAGCUACACUGUUCACACCUUCACUGACAUUGCUUCCUCUCCAUUCUCCUUUUUCUUUUCAGGUUUUUUUUUUUUUUUUUAAAAAACAUUUUUUUUUGCUCUGCAUGAAAGUGUCUGAAGAAAAGGAAGAAAAAGCCUUGUAAGUGUUUUUAGAGAAAACUCCAAAGUUACUGAGGUGAAACUCUUACAAAGCUCCUGGAAGAAGAUGCCUUAGGAGAAUAAUUGAACUCAUAAAUAAAGGGCUCGGAGCUCUUUUUCAGUGACUGAUGCUGAGUGAAAGGCUUAUGAGUGAUCGUGCUCUUGGGCAUAGAUGCGGAACGUACUGUAACUGCAACUGUAUCGCCCAGUGUGUAAUAAUAAUUGUUUGAAAAUUCACUUAUUUCCCAAUACAAGGGUUUGGUUUUAUGUAGGUUUCUUUGGCAAAGCAGAUUGGCUAUAGAACGCAAUGUAAAAAAAAAUUCAGGGUAUUUUUUUUUUUUUUUUUUUUUUUUUUUUUUUUUCUGUCCUGUUUGUCAAUCUCUCCAGGAUUUAGAUUAUUAAAGGUAUAUUGAAGUAACAUUUAUUCAUAUUUGAAUAUUAUUCUUGCUGUCCUCCUGUAUAUGUGGCCUUAUUCAACCCACAUUCCACUAGUGGUCAGUCGUGAAUAUAGGACGUUUUUGACUUCACUUAGAUUUAAUAUCAUUAAUCACAGCAGGUCACUUGUUGCUGUAUUAACACCACUGGAAAUGACUAGAGUAUAUGAGUUGUGCCUGUGUAGGAAUUUUUUUUUCUUAGUAAAAACACCAUAUUCUAGUCUGAACAUGCAUGCUGAAGGACUAGAGGUUUUUUUUUUUUUUGUUGUUGUUGUCCAAGUUUGCCCUCUACAGGGUAGAGACGAGUAUUAACCUAUGCUCUGACAAAGCUUUAUAUUACAUUUCAUGUAAUGUUGUGUAAAAAUUAUGGACUAAUCUGCACAUCUUACCACAAAUUCCUUUGUAUAUAAUGGCCAAAUGAUGGUGUGAGGUGUCCAGAAUGAUGUCAUGGAUGGGAUCAUUUUAUUAGAUUUUUAUUUGUUGCUGUUUGUGUGGUGUUUUUUUUUUUUUUUUUUUUUUUUUCCCUCUUUCUCCCCCCUUUUCCCCUCUAUAGAUGCCAAAUCUGCAUAGUUUCUUGGGCAUUAUAAAAAUCCUGAUUGAGCACC